CUCCAAUUUUACAAACCUUAAGUCCACCCCCCAAAAGUUCGGAUUUAUCUUGAUGCUCCUAACCCUGUAUCCAUUUAUCCACCCCAUAUUAUCCCAAUUCUUUUAUUAGCUAGUGUGGUUUUAUGUGUUCCUGAGCCAGAGCCCCAUUUCAGGUUCCCACUUUUUUCUCUAUUAUUGUAGGAUCUGUUCUGAGUUUUGUUUUUUCGGUUUCCUCACCAUUUUCCUCACUUUCCCUUUUCUGGGUCUCUGUUGUUUUUGAAUAUCCAUAUCCAACCUUCUUUUAUUCAAGAGCCUACUUGUGAACGAAAAGAAAAGUCUCUCUCUUUUUAUUUAUUUUUCCUUACAGUGGAAACUUUCAAGCCUUUUUAAUGGCACCAAGGGGACUUUCAUGGCCGUGACAAAUGUAAAGUUUUGGUGACAAUUUCUUCUGCCGGACUCUUUAUUUCAUCAAAAUCUGAAACACCCAUUUGAAGAAAACCCAAGAUUUUCAUCCUCUCCUUAUCAAAUUUCGACCUCUCACUCUCAGGCUCAAAAAAUAGACCAUUUCUGGUUUCAUACUUGUGGGUUUUCUCAUUUGACAAGGUCCUCUCAUUUCUCUAAUCAAAGACACCACCUUGUUUUUUUUCUCAUUCUCUCGCUCCCUCUUUCUUUCUUUCUUUCUUGAUCUGUCACUGCAAACCCAAGAAAUGUAUGGAACACAAAGCAAGAGGGACCUUGCCUUAGAAUUCCAAUCUCAAAUACCAAUCUUGAGGCCCAGCAUCCAUGCCAGGAGGGCAAACCUCACUGUGAAGUUCCAAGACCUUUAUGGUUUCACAGUAGAAGGGAAUGUGGAUGAUGUCAAUGUGCUGAAUGAGGUGAGGGAGAAGGUGAGGCAGCAGGGCAGGGUUUGGUGGGCAUUGGAGGCCAGCAAAGGAGCCAAUUGGUACUUGCAGCCUUCUAUCUUCGAAGGCCAAUCCUUUAAGGCCUCGCUUAAGCUAUCAGCUUUGGCAAACGCCAUAACUUUGAAGAGGCUCAUUAGGAAGGGAAUUCCGCCGGUUCUCCGCCCCAAGGUGUGGUUUUCGCUGUCCGGGGCGGCGAAGAAGAAGUCCACGGUGCCGGAGAGCUAUUACAAUGACUUGACCAAGGCAGUCGAGGGGAAGGUCACCCCUGCCACGAGGCAGAUUGAUCAUGACCUACCACGCACCUUCCCUGGUCACCCGUGGUUGGACACUCCAGAGGGUCAUGCUGCUCUCCGACGUGUUCUUGUUGGGUAUUCUUUCCGUGAUUCUGAUGUUGGUUAUUGUCAGGGCUUGAAUUAUGUUGCAGCAUUGUUGUUGCUUGUGAUGAAAACAGAGGAAGAUGCAUUUUGGAUGCUGGCAGUCCUUUUGGAAAAUGUAUUAGUUAAUGACUGCUACACAACUAACUUAUCAGGAUGCCAUGUUGAACAAAGGGUGUUCCAAGAUCUACUUGUUAAAAAGUGUCCAAGGAUAGCCUCUCAUUUGGAAGCAUUGGAUUUUGAUGUCUCCCUUGUUGCCACUGAGUGGUUUCUAUGCCUCUUUUCUAAGAGCUUGCCUUCAGAGACAACUCUGCGGGUGUGGGAUGUCCUUUUCUAUGAGGGGGCAAAGGUUCUGUUUCAUGUAGCUUUGGCAAUCUUUAUGAUGAAAGAAGAGCAGUUGCUUCUAACCCAUCAUGUUGGUGAUGUAAUUAACAUAUUGCAGAGAACCUCGCAUCACCUAUUUGAUCCUGAUGAAUUACUAACGGUGGCAUUUGAUAAGAUUGGUUCUAUGACAACCAACACUAUAUCUAAGCAAAGGAAAAAGCAAGAACCAGCAGUUAUGGCAGAGCUUGAUCAAAGAUUUAGACGGCUAAAUUCCAUCAAAGUUGAUGAUAAAUAGCAUUUGCUGUUGAUCAAAGUGUAAUAUGUCAGUCAUCCUAGUAGGGGCUUGUUGCCCCUCUGGAGAAGAACAUUUGAGUUAUGCUUUUUCUUUUUCCCCACUCUUAAGGGAAGGACCGAGUGAAGAGAGCACCUGUUGAUUUUCCGGUGUUUGUAGGGGACAAAAUGUAAAUUUCAAAAUGUUACAUUACAUUAUACACUUAAUUACAUCACAAUUCAGGGCGUUGUCUAAUUUUCUCCUGCCCUGUAAGUUUUGGUUUGA